AUGGCUCUUGCUAGUAUGCAAAGGAAAACCAAUGUACGAUUGCCUCCAGAAAUUAAUAGGGUUCUUUACAUAAGAAACUUACCUUACAAAAUAACAGCUGAGGAAAUGUAUGAUAUUUUUGGAAAAUAUGGCGCCAUUCGUCAAAUUAGAGUAGGCAACACCCCAGAUACAAGAGGAACAGCAUUUGUAGUAUAUGAAGAUAUAUUUGAUGCAAAGAAUGCCUGUGAUCACUUGUCUGGAUUCAAUGUGUGCAACCGAUACUUAGUCGUCUUAUAUUAUCAGUCAACCAAAGCAUUUAAAAAAUUGGAUACAGACAAGAAGAAAGCAGAAUUAGAAAAAGUUAAAAUGAAAUAUGGCCUCAGUGAAGAAAAUUAG